UGCCAGCACUAUUAUUUGGACUAGGAUACUUUUCUCGUUUUUUGCAAAUCUGUUUUCUUCCAAUGGACAUUAAGGAACAUGGAUGAGGAGGCAUCUCUCGAAAAUUACUUUGACCAGAGUAUUGCUGGUUCAUCUGAUUACAUCUUUGAGGGGGAUCUGGGCCUACAGGGUCCAGCUCCACAGCUCCAAGAUUCCUCUUUCCUGUCCUCUUUAACCUCUCAAGAGAAAGAUCUCACUGAGGACUUGGACCUGAGCUUCUUACCAGAUGAACUGGGCACUCAAGAUGAGCUGUCACAGGCUAAGAAUCUCAGCAGGAAUGAGGACAGCGGCAUUUACACCGACUGUCCUCUGAGAGAGUCGACAGAGGGAGAUACUGACACCAGUAAUUCUGCACAAAACGCCUCGCAGUUCAAUCUCCCGAUGACUCCCAUGACCCCUAUGACCCCCAUGACCCCAGUGGCAGAGAGUUCAGGCAUAAUCCCACAAUUACAGAAUAUUGUGUCAACAGUGAAUCUUGCUUGCCCUCUGAAUCUCAAAUCCAUUGCACUUCAAGCUCGAAAUGCUGAAUACAACCCAAAGCGUUUUGCUGCUGUUAUAAUGAGGAUCCGUGAACCAAGAACUACUGCUCUCAUAUUCAGCUCUGGGAAAAUGGUCUGCACUGGGGCCAAGAGCAGUGAGGAGCAAUCUCGCCUUGCUGCACGGAAAUAUGCCCGGGUGGUACAGAAACUUGGUUUCCCCGCCAAAUUCCUUGACUUCAAAAUCCAAAACAUGGUUGGAAGUUGUGACGUCUGCUUUCCUAUCCGCUUAGAAGGCCUGGUCCUCACUCACCAGCAGUUCAGCAGCUAUGAGCCAGAGUUGUUUCCUGGAUUGAUAUAUCGCAUGGUGAAGCCACGUAUUGUGCUGCUGAUUUUUGUGUCUGGAAAAGUUGUGCUCACAGGUGCGAAAGAGCGGUCAGAGAUCUAUGAAGCCUUUGAAAAUAUUUACCCCAUCCUGAAAGGGUUCAGGAAGCAGUAGAAAUGCUGCGCUUACACUUACAUGUGCUGCAUGUGAAUAUUUGUCUAUAACGAUGUGCCUCGUAUCCAUAUAUGAGUGGUGCUUGAAAGGUUUGAUUGCAAUAAUUUAAUCAAAACUUUUGUUAUUGCGCUUUUAGUGUUUUUACGUUUACUUUAUGUUGUCUGCAUUAGUGAGGGUUGCUGAAAUAACAGCAUUCCAGAGCUUACUGUGAAAAAUAAAUGUUUUGUUAAAAUA